UUUGGUUCUCUCUCAGUACUCCUCGCAAGAAGAUCAUUGUUUUUUUAUCUCAAACAUGAGGCCAAAGAUCUAUCUUUUUGGAGACUCGAUCACGGAAUUCUCCUUCGAUGACGGUGGCUGGGGCGUUUCACUCGCCAAUCAUUUCUCUCGCAGGCUUGACGUGGUGCUCAGAGGAUACAGUGGGUACAACACAAGGUGGGCGUUGAAGGUACUUGAUAGGGUUUUUCCUACGGCCGAAAGCGGUGCCGCACCGCCACUCGCGGUGUCUGUGUUCUUCGGAGCUAACGAUGCUUGCCUCCCAGAUAGACGCGGUGCUUUUCAACAUGUGCCACUUGAUGAGUAUAAGCAGAAUCUGCACUCCAUCGUCUCCUCUCUCAAGAAGCGGUGGCCAAAGGCUCUCAUUCUUUUAAUUACUCCUCCUCCGGUUGAUGAAGAUGCACGAAUCAGACAUCCUUACGUUGAGAAUCCGUCAGGUUUGUCCGAGAGGACAAACGAAGCUGUAGGCUGUUUUGCAAAGGCAUGUGUUAAAACUGCUGGGGAAUGUGGUAUCCCUGUGGUGGAUCUUUGGACCAGGAUGCAGCAGUAUCCUGACUGGCGGAAAGCUUAUCUUAGUGAUGGUUUGCACCUGAGCCAAGAGGGCAACAAGGUUGUAUUCGAGGAAGUGUUGAAGAAGCUGAAUGAGGGAGGUUUAAGCCUUGAAAAUCUAGAAGUUGAUCUGCCACUUUUUUCUGAUAUUGACCCUGGUGACCCAUUUAAGGCGUUUCAGCAGUAG